GCUCCCUUAGAAACAUACAGUACGCAAGUUUUUUGUGUUUUUUUGAUACUGAAGGUCUGAUAAUGGCUGUAAAAGAACUGACAUUUAUUCUUGUGGUGUGUUCUUCGAUUGUCUGUACUUCUGGGGUUGAAUUCUUCACUUCAACAGAUAAAAUCUCACAACUUUUUAACGAAGAGGAUUUCCUUCUGAAGACCUUCAGUUUGUACAUUGAUGCUGAAGAAGAAAAUAUAAAAUUAAUGAAGAGGCUUCUUCUGCUGCUUCAGCUGGGCUCAUACUUAGACCCUGUGGACCCUGAGAAAAUCAAAGACCCUGUGGCAGCUUAUAAACUCCUCAGACGAGUGAGGGCUGAAUGGAUAAACAUCGUAGAUUACACUCAACUGAGUCUUUAUCAAUUGUAUCAGACAGUGCUGACAUAUGCACAAAUCCCACAGCUAGAGGACUUGGAUGGUGCCGCUUCAGGACUGAUCAGACUGCAAGAGAUCUACAAACUCUACCCACACAACAUCACAAAAGAAAUGGCUCUAAACGCAGAUGAAGCCUACCAUGUGGGGUUGGUCGCUUAUAACGAGGACAAAUUCCAGCAUGCUUUUCUUUGGUUUCUGUACAGUCUGGACAGAUUAACACAAUACUCAGUUACUACUAAGCAACAGUUGCUCCGCCAUCUUAGUUUAUCUUCCUAUCAGUUUGGAAACCUGCCUAUGGCAAUCUACUUCGGCCAACAGCUUCUAAAUCUGGACCCAACUAACGAUGACAUCAAAGUUCUGCUGGACCUUUACAGACGCCUUCGCUUCCAGAGAACUUCAAACCCUGACAUAUUAAGACUGAGCAAUGAGUCAAGUAAAUAUGAGACACUGUGCAGAGGAGAGGUCGAUGAGAGGACCUCCAAGAGGCAGAGGGCGCUGUCCUGUAGGUACAGCACAGGUGGAGGAAACCCCAGACUGAUGUACUCACCAGUGAAAGAGGAAGUGGAGUGGGACGAGCCUCGAAUCAUCAGAUAUCAUGACAUUAUUUCAGACAGAGAGAUAGAGAUCCUGAAGAAUAUCUCCAGACCUCUACUUUCUAGGUCUUUGACUACAGCGGGAGUGUCCAAGUAUCGUACUUCUCAAGGUGUUUUUCUAGAGGAAGACAAUAUUGUUGUUGCUCGUAUCAGUCAGAGGAUAGCAGAUAUCACAGGACUCUCCAAGGAAUCAGCUGAAAACCUAUUUGUUCAGAAUUAUGGGAUUGGUGGCAGAUAUGAACCACAUUAUGAUGAAUUGGAUAAUGAGAAUGGAAGGAUUGCUACGUUCUUAAUUUAUAUGAGUGAUGUGGAGAUAGGGGGCGCCACUGUGUUCCCUGAAGUUGGCGUUGAAUUGAAACCAAAAAAGGGUUCAGCCGUGUUUUGGUACAACCUCCACAAGAAUGGAAGUGUGGAUUUGAAUACAAAACAUGCUGGAUGCCCUGUGUUAAGGGGUAACAAAUGGGUGGCUAAUAAAUGGAUCCAUGUGUUUGGACAAGAGUUCAGGAGACCCUGUUCUUUGUCAAACUGGGAGUGAGAGACACCGAGGCCAUGGAGAAAUCAUAUGAAGUGUAUCUGUCCUAUAGAAGUAUCUGUUAUAUUUAGUAGGUAUCAUGUAAGUUUUGUUGCCAUGACAAGUUGAUUGGAUGUAGCUAUUCAUUUGUGAGACUUCCACCAUGUCUACACCAGACACAACCAUUGUCGCUCGCGUCACAACAGCUACCCUGUCUUUGGAAGCGACAAAGCAACCGUUGCAACUUUGUACUUUGAGUCAGUAAGUCAUAUAGAACGAGGCAUCAUAUAGACAGGACCAAAAUACAAAUAGGCUAUAGCACACUUUUUGCUAUAAUAACCAAACUGAUACCUUCAUACAUAAAAUAGUAAGAUAUAGAUUUUUUUUAUAAAUUUAAUUAACUCUGUCUUUGGUUUCUUAUUUAAUUACCCUUUUUCAUUAUACCGCUAAUGAUUUUAAAAUGAAUGCUGUAAAUGUAUUAAGGCAUAAAUCAAAUGCAAUUUGACAAUUAAGGGUAGAUUGUUUAUAGAUCAGAUUGUACAGCUUUUUAAGAAGAAAAAAUACCUUCUGAUGAGCUUGAAUCAGUGUAUUGAUGCUGAUCAAAAGGAUGUGGAGAUGAAGAGGUGAAAGCAAGAUUAAUGUGUGUUUUUUUUAAUGAAAAAGCAUUACAUUCAAAAGCGCUUACAAUCUUAUAUGUGUUUUCAAAUCAAGGAUUAUGUCAUUAUUUUUUCUUAACACUACAACUUUGAUGAGUCCCUGUCUUCAAUCCAGUGUUCUUCUGAAUCUUUUGCUUUCAUACUCUGAAUCUGAGAGACCCUGUGGCAGCUUACAAUCUCCUCAGGAGACUGAGAAGUGAAUUGAUAAAUACUGAUAAAUAUUGUAGAACACUUUCAAAUGAUUCCAUAUGACAUUGAACUAUAUUUUUUUCUGGUGUCUUUUCAGUAGAUAAUAAAUGGAUCCUUGAGUUCGGACAGGAGUUCAGUUUCAGAGUUCAGAGUUCAUAUUCAUUUUGACAACUGUUUUAAUUUCUCACACUUCUGACAUGACUAUCAGAAAUUUGAAUAUAUACAAGCUCCAAGAUCCCAAACAAAUACUAAACAGUAAUCACCAUUAUGGUGACUUUAAAACAAUUACAGUAGUAAACAGUAACAACAACAUUUCUCAACAACUUUUUAAAAGUGGCACGAUUAUAGACAACUUCAUAAUGUGAAUUCACAGUAAAACAAGAGUAAAUUACUGUGAUGUAAGCAUUAUUCUGCUGUUCGUUCACAGUAAUUUGUAAGAAAAUGACCCAGCAUGCAUUGAUUUCACUGUAAAUUUCUGGCUACAGUAAUUUAUUGUAAAAUAAUACUCUUUAAUCCAGUAAAUUCCUGGCAGUUUUUUACCAUGUAGUUUAAGUUAUGAGUCUUGAGUAAUCUUGCAUGUAUUAUAAAUUUUAAUUAUAAUAUUUUUUUCAGGUUUGCAGUGUUAUAUGAUUAUACACUUUAUUUAAUUUGCCCUGUAAUGAGUUUCAGUAACUUAUCUUUUUUUUGCCCCCAAAGUACUUUGGCUUGAUGGUUUGAAAUACAAUACUGUAUACAUAUCAACAUACACUAUAAAAGUGCAGAAAAUAUAAAGAUAAAUAAAAAGUUCCCAGUUGUGUUACUAAUAACUGUAAUAUAUACUAUAAUUAAAAUACAUUAGCAUAAAAUAACAUUUUAUAUAGAUACAGUAUAUGUGCGAUUGUGUGUUUAUGUCUCACCCUGAAAAACACAGCUGCAUUACUUUCAUGCAUGCACAUGACUUAAUACAUAAUACACCCACACAUGUACUAAUUCUGACCCACUUCAGCUGUUAUACGAUAACUGGACUAACUUUUAGGAAUUGUGUAUAAUCACAUCUAAUACAAACAGUGACUGCCUGUAAUCAUAAUUAAGCUUGAGCUCAGUAACACACAAAAAAUAUAAUGAUGUAAUCAUUAAUUUCACUUUUAGUUUCUGCAUUAGUCACAAAUCAGACUUCCAUGUAAUGCAGGCAUGAUUGUUGACACAGCAUCCUGCAACAACACAACAAAAAUGACACUAUGCCAAUAACGUUUGACCAGUUGUUAGGCAACAUUAGAACAGGCUUUGAUAGUUUAUAAUAUACAGUUUAUAAUAUAUGAUAGUUUAUAAUAUACAGUAUUAGGAUGUCUCCCUGUUUAUAUCAUGAUUACACUCUUUGUGAUCUUUAAUCGUGCAACAUGAAAUUCUAUUGUUGGCAAAGUACAUAGAAGAAACAAAAGUGUAUAUUGGGAUAUGUCAUGACUGUCAUGUUUUGUUUUGAGGACAUUUAUGCUGAUAAUGUGUUUCUGCCUCCUUUGGUUCCUGUGUUUCAUCUUUGAUUAAUUCCUUUUUCUUUGGUUGUCUUAUUAGUUACUAUCAUGCCCUGUUUGUUUAGUUACUCGUUUGUUAGCUGAUUAGCAAAUGUGUUUUUAAAGCCCUCGGUUUUAAAUUGUAGUUUGUUCUUGUCUGUGUUGUGUUGAUUUGCUGUGGUUGUUAUUAUAUUGCAGAGACUUUG